AAAAAAAAAAAUUGGAAUCAUAUUUCACCACCGGAAGCUCUUCUCCUUCCUAGUAGGUUGAUACUCAUUCAUGCAGCCAUAACCAUUACCCCAAAUGCUUUCGUUUUCGAUCUCUCGUUUCCCUUCAACCCAAUCAUUUCCAAUAAAUCCAACUUUUCCCAUUUACCCACACCAAUUCAAUCCACAAAUUCGCGCUUCUUCUCCAAACAAUAACAACAAUAAAGCUGAAAACUUUCCAACACAAAAACCUACUUCAAGAGCAACCCCAGUUGAGAAUAGCAACGAUGGGGUUCUGUUUGGAAAAAAUAAGAAAAAGGGGAAAGAAAAAGUCUACUGGGUUUGUAGCAAUUGUGGGUACAGUGCAGGACAAUGGUGGGGUGUGUGUAGAUCGUGUAGUGUUUCUGGUACUAUGAAAGAGUUUCGUGAAGCCAAAUCUAGUGAUAGUAAUGCUAAGGUUACUGGCUUUUCGAUUAUGGAAGAUGGUUUGGGGUCUUGGCUACCUCAACACAAUGCUGACUUGCGUCCUUUGAGAUUGUCUGAGGUUAAUCGAGGACUUGAUCAUUUGCAUUGGAGAAUUCCUUUGUCUGGUCCUUUUGGAAAUGAAGUUUCCAGAGUUCUUGGUGGUGGUCUUGUACCAGGCUCGCUGACUUUAGUCGGCGGCGAUCCUGGUGUUGGGAAGAGUACCUUGUUAUUGCAGAUUGCUUCACUAAUUGCAGAAGGGCACAAAGAUGGUGAAGCAUCUCCAGUUGUGUAUGUCUCUGGUGAAGAGAGUGUUGAGCAAAUCGGUAACAGAGCAGACCGCCUAACAAUUGGAUCAGAUAUUUAUUUAUAUUCAAGUAAUGAUAUUGAGGACAUAUUGAAGAAAGUUCAGUAUCUCUCGCCUCGGGCUCUAGUUGUUGAUUCUGUACAAACUGUUUAUUUGAAAGGAAUAAUGGGGAGUCCUGGAGGGAUUAUACAGGUGAAAGAAUGUACUUCGGCUUUACUGCGAUUUGCAAAGACAACAAACAUCCCAGUUCUAUUGAUUGGACAUGUGACAAAAUCUGGAGACAUAGCAGGACCUCGUGUCUUGGAGCAUAUCGUUGAUGUUGUUUUGUAUAUGGAAGGAGAGAAGUACACUUCCCAUCGAAUGCUUCGAGCUGUGAAAAAUCGAUUUGGAUCCACGGAUGAGCUUGGAGUUUUUGAGAUGUCACAUUCAGGACUUGAGGCUGUUUCAAAUGCCAGUGAAAUGUUUCUAAGUGAGCAAGACCUCGAUUCAGAUAUUUUAGCUGGACUAGCCGUUGCUGUAAUAAUGGAUGGGUCCAGAACAUUUCUUAUUGAAAUUCAGGCACUUUGUCUUUCUGGUUCAACAGGAUCAAGGCAAUUUAAUGGUAUCCAAGCAAAUAGAGCCGAUAUGAUCAUAUCCGUUCUUAUAAAGCAAGCAGGUCUGCGUCUCCAAGAACAUGCUGUGUUUUUGAAUGUUGUUAGUGGAUUGACACUGUCCGAGACUGCUGGAGAUCUUGCAAUAGCAGCAGCAAUUUGCAGCAGUUGCUUGGAGCUCCCUAUUCCAAAUGACAUUGCAUUCAUUGGUGAAAUUGGUCUAGGUGGCGAGCUUCGCAUGGUUACUAGAAUGGAAAAAAGGGUACACACAGUGGCGAAAUUGGGUUAUAGAAUGUGUAUAGUACCAAAGGCAGCUGAAAAAGCUUUGGGAAGUGAAGGUUUAGAAAAGAUCAGAGUUGUUGGUUGCAGAAAUCUGAAAGAGGUUAUCAACACUAUAUUUCCCAAUGUGACAAGAAGAAACAAGUGAAUUAUUACAUUGAAUGUAUCUGUGUUGUGCAGAUCAAUAUAUACAUUUUUUGAUGUGAUGUAAAAUGUGAUACAUUAUGAUUAAUAUGUUCGUAGUGUUUUUUGUUUUGGGAGGGGGUAGAGUAACUUGUGUAUAGCUUACGUCACGUACCAAAUGAAAUGAUAGAUACUACUAUUAUGCUUUUCCUAA